GUGUGCGUUUGAUAUUCGUUAAGAAAUGUUCGUCGUAAUUCAUCGUGUGUAAAACUUGAUAGAUUUCUCAUAUACAAAAAUAAUAAACAACAAGUUGGUUAGUGUGCAUGUGUUUCUGUUUUGUAUAUACAUAUUUUGCCGGUAUUCCGUGUAUCUAUUUCAACUACUAUUUUGUUCGAUGUUCCGAACGUUUUGUAAUUUUGAGUUGAAUAGAAUUGGUUUGAGCAAAAAAAUAUAUUAAAAAUCGAAGUCUAGCUGAUUCACAAUCUUGUUAUAAUAAAUUUACAACUUUUGUUUAAUCAUACUCAGUUUUUACUGACAAAAAUGGCAAAAGUAAUAAGUACCAAGCAGCAGCUAAACCGACUUGUUGAAUUACUGAAAGAAAAUAUAGAUAUUGCCAAAGCGAUUUGUAUUAAACAAGAAGCUCAUAUGAAAUGGCAAGAAUUUGCGGUAGAACUAAAUAAGCUGGGUCCGCCAUAUCGUUCUUGGGAUAAAUGGAUGAGGGUAUGGUGGGAUUUAAAGUGUAAAAUAAAGAAGAAAAAAUCAAGCAAGCCGAUUAUUAAAACUCUUCCAAGUGGAGCUCGUAUUAACUAUCUAUGUCACUUUACCGAUUUGGAAAAGACUGUCAUUGAAAUGCUUGGUUGGAAUACGGAUGAAAAUGUACCCGUAAAGCGAAAAUUAGAAUCUUCUCCCUCAGAAGAUGAUGACAUAGGGUCUCAACCCACGAAGAAAAGAAUGAAAUACAGCACCUAUGAAUCUUUAGAAGCCGAAGAAGAACUACCUUCGACUUCUAUAAAAACCAAACCGGCAGAAUCAUCCACCUCUACUUCAAUCGUAAACACCGUUACAAUACUGGAGUUGGAAGAGUCUUCAUCCGAGUAUGAAGAAGUAUUUGAAGAUUCUAUAUCUAUAUGCAGUAUAGAAGAUAAUGAGGUUAAAUUUGAGCUGACAAAUUUUGAUGAAGAAAUAACUCAGCAUAAUAUCAUUGAAUCUCCAAAACAACAAGCAGCAGAAGAAAUACCAACAACUUCUAUUAAAACCGAACCGGAAGAAGAAGAUCCAUCAAUCAUUAUUAAAACCGAACCAGAAGAACAUUCCAACACCUCUUCCCCCAUCAAUGAAACCAUGCCAAAACCAAUUCUUCUACCGAAACCAAUUCUUCUGCCAAAACCAAAAGAUGAUUAUGAAAAACUUCUUGAAGAACAAAUUUCAACUCAGAAAAAUUUUUACAAAAAUAUGAUAGAUCUUAUGGGUGAUAUGAAGAGAAGCAUGAGCCAGUGUGAGGAUUCUAUGAAGAAAAGCCAUCAACAAAAAGAUGAUCUACUUGAAAUGAAAAGACUGAAAUUAAAAGCAUAUAAGAAAAAAAAGAUAGAUCAAGCAAUGGAAAGGAAACAAAAUAUGAGACUUAAACAGGAGCUUUUGACUCUGAAAAAAAGUAAACUUAGCACGAUAUUUGCUUGCAGAAAAUAUUUAUCGAAAUGAUUUUUUUUUGUAUUCCAAGAAUAAGAACAUAAAAAUAAAACAAGUU